AUGCGGCCUGUGGACUCGAUGAGCGCCUUCAGACACCACUGGCAGAUAUGGCGAGUGAUGGGAAUGCAUCCGGCAGACCCGCAGACGUUGUGGGGUCGCCACUACACGCUCUAUGGGAUAGUGUGGAACGCCUUGUUUCGUCUGGGCAUGGCGCUCUCGAUGGUGGUGAACUUUCUUCUGUCGACGUCCCUGGAGUCCUUCUGCGAGAGCUUGUCUGUGGCAGUUCCUCAUACGGUCGCAAAUCUUAAGGUUUUCUUUCUGUGGCGAAUGCGGAAGCAGAUCCUGCAAACCCAUCCCAUCCUGCAUCAUCUGGAUGGGCGAAUUGGUUCUCUGGCCGAGAAGCAAAUCAUACUCGAAGGAAUUGACCGAGCUUACUUUACAUUCAUUAGCUUUCUCCGUGCGAUAAUUUUCAUUCUAGCCGUCAGCAUUCUUAUUCUCUGUUUGUCGAACGAUCGGCCACUUUUGUACCCCUCCUGGAUGCCCUGGAACUACAAGGACUCAUCCCUUACAGUUUAUGUGAUGACGGCCAGUCUGCACAGCGUCGGCAUCAUAGAGAACGCCUUGUUGGUUUGCAACGUGGACACCUAUCCGGGCUCCUAUCUCAUCAUGCUAGCCGCCCACACCCAGGCCCUGGCCUAUCGUGUCUCUCGCCUCGGCUAUGAUCCACGCCUGUCACGCUCCCAGGCCUGCGAUCGGCUGCGCAGUUGCAUAAAGGAUCAUCAGAUCAUUAUGAAUCUGUUCAGGUCGUUGGAGCACUCGCUGUCCAUGUCCUGUUUCCUACAGUUUGCCAGCACAGCCAUCGCCCAGUGUGCGACUUGCUUUUUCGUCAUCUUUGUAUCGGUUGGCACAAUGCAGUCCGUGAACAUGAUCUUUCUUUUCCUGGUCUUCACCACCCAGACAUUGCUGCUCUGUUUCAGCGCCGAGCUGGUGCGCCACGAGGGCGAGAAUCUCAUUAAAGCCAUCUACGAUUGCAAUUGGCUGGAUCAGUCCGUGGAGUUUCGUCGCAUGCUCCUCCUUUUGUUGGCCCGCAGCCAAAGGCCGAUGAUCAUGAGAGCCGGACUGAUAAUUCCCGUUCAAAUGAGUACCUUUAUGGUGGUGUGCAAGGGCGCCUACACCAUGCUCACCCUUCUGAGGGAAGUGGAUAACUCGGAAGUCGCAUAA